CACGUGUUGUACUCUCACUCAGACCGGAGAGCAGCACAACUCUAGACAUGGCUCCCUGAUCCGACACAUGGCACUUAAAGCCAUGAACCAAACUAACAACUCAACAAAAAUGACCAUAUGUUAACAGCCGCCUUUUCCCCUUUCUUCGGGAAUUAUUUCCACUCCUGAAAUAUCCACAGCUACUAACCGACUGUCAGCCGCUGUGACGGGGAGAGGCGCUCCGCAAACACCCCCGGUUUUAUUUCCUUUGGCAUUUCUCAUUUCUUUCAGUCACUUUUUAAGUUUUUGUCUCCUUCACUCGAAGCUCAGCAUGGGCGUCCAAGGCUUCCAGGAGUACAUUGAAAAGCACUGCCCCAGUGCUGUGGUGCCGGUCGAUCUGCAGCGGUUGGCUCGGGGAAGUUUGGUUGGAGGCGGCCGCCAAAGACCCCCACACAGUCCGCUCAGACUCCUGGUGGACGCUGAAAAUUGCCUGCACAGACUCUACGGAGGCUUUUACACCGACUGGGUCAGCGGAGGCCAGUGGAACCACAUGCUGGGCUUCCUGGCCGCCCUCUCCAAGGCCUGCUUCAGCGGCAACAUGGAGCUCCUGGUGUGCUUCAAUGGCGCCCUGGAGAAAGGCCGUCUUCACGAAUGGGUCAAGCGGCAGGUGAACGAGAGGCAGACCGCUCAGCAGAUCAUCAGCCACGUCCAGAACAAGGGCACUCCGCCGCCCAAAGUCUGGUUCUUGCCUCCGGUGUGCAUGGCCCACUGCAUCCGGCUGGCGCUGCUUCGGUUCCACGUCGGGGUUGUCCAGAGCAUAGAGGACCACCACUUGGAAGUAAUGGCCUUAUACAGGGAGGGGGGCUUCCAUGGCCUGGUGGCCUACGACUCUGACUACGCUCUGAGCAACAUCCCAUACUACUUCAGCGCCCACACCCUCAAACUGAGCCGCAAUGGCAAGAGCCUCACCACCAGCCAGUACCUGAUGCAUGAGGUGGCGCGGCAGCUCGAUCUCAACCCCAGUCGUUUCAUCAUCUUUGCAUCACUUUUAGGGAACCACAUACUGCCUGAUGAAGACCUGGCUGCCUUUCACUGGAACUUACUGGGUUCAGAGCAUCCAUUAGCAUCUCUAAAGGUGCGUGCCCACCAGCUCGUACUCCCCCCCUGUGACGUCGUGAUCAAGGCCGUGGCCAACUACGUCCGCAGCAUCCCAGACAUCACAGACCUGGAGGCCGUCGCUAAGGACAUCUUCAAGCAUUCACAGUCUUGUCCUGAUGACAAAGUCCUUCGCUUCAAGAAGGCUGUGGAGUUUUAUUCAGAAGCCAGCAAACCCCCCCACUUCCCUCCACAGUUAGUCAGACCAAAACCUGUUGGACUUCCUGUGACGGUGGCGUCUCCUGCAGGUCUCAACAUUCCUCGAGCACCGCUGCCUGUCCAACCUGCGGUCCAGCAGCCGUUUCCAGGGCCUCCGGUGGAUCCCAGUCCGUCUGGGAAAGACCUCGCAGAGCACAGCAGCUUCAGCAACAUUCCUCCCCAGGGGAAGCACACGCCGCUGUACGAGAGGUCGUCUCCCAUCAACCCGGGCCAGAGCAGCAGCCCCAACCACAACGAGGCCACCUUCUUCACCGCCUCCUCCUCAUCCUCGUCCUCAGACAAUGACGAGAGUUCAGACACAACUGCCAACGAACAUAAGGAAGAAUGGCAGAAAAAUGGAGUCAACACAGCAGAAGGAGACCUGGGGGACCAAUCAAAAGCCGACCUCUGUGGGCGCUCACAUGCUGGAGGUCACCUCAGCCUGAACGCACAGAUCCCCUCCCUGCUCUCCAUGCCCACCAGAAACCACAUGGACAUCACCAUCCCACCGCUCCCCGCCGUGGCCCCCGAGGUCCUGCGGGUGGCCGAGCACAGACACAAGAAGGGCCUCAUGUACCCCUACAUCUACCACGUUCUCACCAAGGGAGAGAUGAAGCUGUCUGUCACCGUUGAAGACGAAGCCAACAAAGACCUGCCUUCAGCGGUGCAGCUGUUCCGACCCAUCCGUCAGUACGUUUACGGAGUCCUCUUCAGCUUGGCGGAGUUCAGGAAGAAGGCUGAGAGACUCUCUGUGAGGAAGAACUGCCCUCCUGAAUACACCCAUGUGAUGGUGAAGGAGUGGGCCGCCUACAAAGGAAAAUCUCCCCACACCCCCGAGCUGGUGGAGGCCCUGCCCUUCAGGGAGUGGACCUGUCCCAACCUGAAGAAGCUGUGGCUGGGGAAGGCCGUGGAGGACAAGAACCGCAGGAUGAGGGCCUUCCUGGCCUGCAUGCGCUCCGACACUCCAGCCAUGCUGAACCCUGCCAACAUUCCCACGCCUCUCCUGGUGCUCUGCUGCGUGCUCCGGUUUAUGUUACAUUGGCCAGGAGUAAGAAUUUUGCGUCGUAGCGAGCUUGACGCUUUCCUAGCCCAAGCUCUUUCUCCUAAACUUUAUGAGCCUGACCAGCUGCAGGAACUGAAGAUUGACAACUUGGACCUCCGAGGCGUCCAGCUGGCCGCUCUGUUCAUGAGCGGCGUGGACAUGGCGCUGUUCGCCAACGACGCGUGCGGACAACCCGUUCCCUGGGAACACUGCUGUCCGUGGAUGUACUUUGAUGGAAAGCUGCUUCAGAGUAAACUUAUCAAAGCCAACAGAGAGAAGGCCCAGCUGAUCGACCUCUGUGAUGGUCAGGCUGAGCUGGCCGUCAAAGUGGAGAAGAUGCGGCAAAGCAUCCUGGAAGGUCUCAACUUUACUCGCCCACCUCAUCCCCCUCCAUUCCCCCCACCUCCACCACCUCCUCACGGGCUGCCUUUCUACCCCCCAGCUGCUUCCUUCUACCCGCCAUCGAUGAUGCCUCCCCUGGGAAGAGGGCGGGUUAUGGCUGCACUUGAAGGACUUUCAGCACAGGGUGGGAAGCUGGAGAUCGCCGGGACCGUGGUGGGUCAGUGGGCCGGUACCCGUCGCAGCAGAGGAAGAGGAUGCUUCCCUGUCCAGGUGGUGUCUGUCGGUGGAGCAAACAGAGGACGGCCCAGAGGCGUGAUCUCUACGCCGGUCAUCAGGACGUUUGGUCGAGGAGGGAGGUACCACACCCGGACCCUGAAGACUCAGACCUCGUACCUGAGCAAGCCUGUAGGUAGACCUGCUGCAACGCCUGGACAGGAAGUGGUGAAUGAGAGAAAGAACCUGAAUCCCGAGGAGCAGAAAUCAUCCCUCGCUCCGUGCAACGCCUCAGCCAAUGAGAACGGCGUGGAGGAGAAGGAGGCGGAGCCACCAAACGGGGAUGAAGACGGAUGCAGGGUUAUCCAAUCAGAAAGUGCCUUUAGCAGUGACUCCAAGACGUGCAAUACUAACCCUCACUUCAAUGCACUAAACGUAGACGGUGGUUGCCAUAGAGAUGAAGGUCUGGAGGCUGCUGCCCUUACAAAAGAAGAGUAAGCCUAUUUUUCUAGAAAGGAUGAAGGAUGAAAGAUGGAACAAAGUUUAAAAGAGGCCUCCAAUCAAAAUUAAUUUUUCAUUUCAGACGAGAGGUGAAGAUAAAAAUCUCUCGCUAAACUAAAUCACUUUUCUCCAGUUAGACGAUACGAGGCUUCAUCUGGAAAUGAUUCCUCCUCUUUUAGGUUUAGACUUUUCCUGUAGGCCAUUUCUGUUGUCAUGGUGACGUGUGGUCUCAUCUUUGAUUUGGGUUCACGUUUCCCUCCAUCCCACAAGCUGGUGGUGGAGUUUUUACCUCUGCAUGGUUCCCAUUUUAACCCCCCCGGACCCCCUGCAAACCAAGAAAUGGCUCAUAUUUACUGACAGCCCAUAAAAGGUGUUAAAUUUAGUGACAGGAUUUAAUGUUUUUGUCUUAUUGAACUCUGUUGCAUUUAAUUAAAAAGCAGAAAAGGUUAUCUAGGCAUUCUGGGAUGUGUAUUCAUAUUAUAUUGUUCUCUUUUUGCUGUUCUCUGCAUUAGUCGAAUAUCUGAUGAAGCUUGGAUGGAACAUCACCUUUAGUGGCUCAAAGCUGCAACUCCAGUUAAAACUUUAGUCUUGUUUUUACAUUUCUACUAAAACAUAACAUUUGUCCUGAACUCCUGCAGCUUCUCGUCAUUGAUUAGUGAUCAGAAUCCCGCUGGCGAGGCGGUUAGUAGGUUACUUCCUGCUAACUAGUGGGAUUUUACAGAAUCAAGUGCUGAUGGCUUUGAUUAAAUGUGGAUGAAUUGUGGUUGAAGGCUGUGAUGCUUAAUAAAACUAUAUUCUUUUAG